AUGGCUGGGAAGGCCAAAGGAACAUCAAGCAAAAGGUCUAAAGGACGAGGUACAAGGCAGUCUGCGUCAUCGUCCUCUGCUGCCCACGUGAUUGCCGAGAAGACGCGACAGACCCAAACCCACAUCUUUUUCUGGGCUGGUCCGUUAUCCAACUGGCACAAAGGUCGCCCUUUUUCUGGAGCUCGAGCGCUUGCGUCAGCGAUUUUUCAGCUGGACAAGAUCAAUACCAAUCAUCCGGCUGAGACAGCCCUGUCUAGCCGCUUGCUCGCAGCUCAUACGUUCAAUUGCGGCGAGCAAUGGUUAAUGGCCACCAAAGGUUGGCUCUUCGAACGAGAUGUUGACCUUGGUGAAACUACUACAACAGGUGAAGAGUUUAAGUCACUUGCCACGCAGAUGCUUGCUCCACAACCACCUCCCAAAGAUCAGCCUGCCAGACGACAAUUAUAUAUGUCCACGCUUUGUGCAGUUCUCCGUACAACAUCGCCAAAACAACAGAAAGCCCUGGGCCGGAAAUGUAGGAAUUUCGAUCCAGCCGUCUGGGACGACGCGUCCGUGCCAAUUGUCGUUGCAGGCUCCGUUGCCCGUGCGGAAGCCGACUACAUGCUGAAACGAAUUUAUCUCAAAGCUGGCAAAAGGGAAUUCGUCGAAGGCUCUCCAGUGGACACCAUUUGGGGUGUUGGCAUUCAUUGGACACAUCCGUCCAUUGAAGAGCCCGCAAAUUGGAGAGGCACAAAUCGUCUUGGUGUCUGCCAUGGUCUUGCUCGGAACAUAAUUUUGGAGAAAUUUGGCAACGAAUUGGAGGCCGACUGA